GAUAUACACGCCUCUUCUCCUUGGUUCAAAAGCAAAUUUAUUCCAUCUCCUUUGAUCACAAGCGUCUCAGGUCGUUAUUUGAUUUCUUAAUAAUGGCAACGACGUCUAGUACAACGAAAACGAAACCGGACAACCAAAACCUAACCAGAUCAAAAUCACUCGGCAGAAAGCCAAAGCCUGUCUCAUCAUCAGAACCUGAAGCGAACGCAGAUGGAUCUGAUCGGAAAACAAUUGGGAAGCCUUUGCCUAAUUAUCUGAAACCAACAAUCAGCUCGAGACCUGACCCGGUCAAGUUCUUGAGGAAGAACAACGCUGUCGAAGACAAUCAGAAGCUUCUUCGUAGACGAUCCUUUGAUCAUCCUCCUUCGUCUUUGACUUCUCCAUCAACUUCAUCAUCCCUGAAAUCUCUCAAUACCUCUCCUGCACACCCACGAGACAAACCCGCGGUUCCAAGGGAGAAGCCUGUCGCUGGUCUGCGUUCUACAUCUUUCCAUGGAAGCAGCAGAGGCGGUCUCAGAGGAAGCAGUACGGUGAAAUCACCUCCUGUGGCUUCAAGAGGAUCUCCAGGAGUAAAGAAGAGCGGUCUAAACGGUAGCAGUUCUUCCAAGAUCAAAAAGGAAGGUUCUGCGAAUGUUCCCAAGAAAUCUUCGGGUAAAGAGAUUUCCCCGGAAUCUUCUCCUCUUGCGCCUGCUCACGAGGACGAAGAAGAGAUUGUCAAGGUUGAGACCGAUGUACACAUUUCUGACCACAGAGAAGAACCGAAAGAGGAAGAUAAAGAUCAGGUUGCACAACCGGAUGAAUCCGGUGAAGAGAAGGAGACCAGUCCAGUGGCUGCCUCCACAAGUCCAGUGGCUGCCUCCACAGAAGAAGAAAAAGGAGAACUGAUUCAUGAGGAUAAAAGCAAAGAGCAAAUAGAGGAGCCGAAAGAACCAGAGAACACCGAAGAAAACAACAGUGAAGAAGAGGAAGAAGUUAAAAAGAAAGUUGAUGAUGAGGAAAAUAGGAAGACAGUUGCUACUACUACAGAUAUGAAUGAAGCUGUGAAUGUCGAAGAAAGUAAGGAAGAGGAACAGGUUGAAGCAGAAGUUAAAGAAGAGGAGAGCGAAAGCAGCAAAGAGAAAGAAGAAACAACCGAAACAAAGGCUCAAGUAGAAGAAUUACCAGAGGAGGGAACAAAGAAGGAAGUGGUGCAAGGGAAGAAGGAAUCUCCAACAGCCUACAACGAUGUAAUAGCAAGUAAGAUGCAAGAGAACUCGAAGAAGAACAAGGUCUUGGCUCUUGCUGGAGCCUUUCAAACCGUUAUUGACUAUGAAACUGCUGCAUCUAAGUGAUAGACAUGCAUCUGCAUUACAUCACAUGCAGACAUUGCAACUGCGUCUUAUUAGCUUUCCUAUGUCAGUGCUUUUCUUGUUUCUUGUUAAUUUUCUUUCGUUUUUCAGCAUAGCAUAAGUGUUGGACAAACGAUAUGGUUUUGCCUGUGAACAUGAACUA